UAGGGAAAGAUAGAACGAAUCGUAGAGAACUCCAUCCACCAAGAAGUUUUCGUCACCGUUACGCUGUCAAUAAGCAUCGAACACAAAAAUAUAAUAUCAACACUUUUACCCACAAUAUUAAUCUUCGCAAGUAAAAUGCAUAAGCAAAAUCUUUGUGUGGAUAUUACAAUAUUUUUUGUUUGUUAUAUUUAGAUUCAUUUACACGACCCCUCCCGCAAAAGAACAGACCCACCCUUAAUCCAAAGACGUUGAAUGACCAUGCGCGCUACUGAGUACUGAGAUUAUCGUCUCUGUGAAAUUGUCUCUAAAACGAUACUAGCGCCAUGAUAUGAAUAAUCUUAAUCGGCCUUAAUAUAUCUUCACUUGUACAAUCGAUAGGUUACCUUCUGUAAUUUUUAAUUAUUUUUAUUAUAAUAUUAUUGUGGACUUUUAGAGAGUCUAAAAUUAAGAAGCAUAUAUAGUUGAUACUACUUUUUAGAUUCCAUUUCUAACAACAAUAUUAUAAUACCAUAAUUUUCCAUCAUAAAGUUCAUUCUCAUGAAAUACUUAUGCUCUUUCCACAAAUUGUAUAAAUUUUGAGAUAUCUAUAUUUGAUGAUAAGUAUUUAAGUAAAGGAUAUAUUUGCAUGUGUACUAUACACGUAUGUAGUCGUAUUCUUAUAUAAAUAUAAUAUGAAGUGACAUUUAAACAUAUAUAUACAAAUAUACAUAGUUUACAAUUAACAUAUGUCAUGUUCAGUAUUCUUCAUAUUUACUAAUAUAAUAACAAAAAGAAUACCAAAUACUUUCGCAAAAUAAAGUAUGCAUGAUAUAUAUAUUUUAUCAAAAUACGAGAUGUUCCAAAGUUAACAGUGCUGGACUAAUAUAUUUCGAUUAUAAAAUUAGAUUACAACCUACUCAUAAUAUGUUGCAUUUAAUGAGAGAAAACUUAGAAAAAAUACACUAUUCACAUUAAAUUACGGUAUAAUUUGGAAUAAUGGACAAUUUAUCUGAUUCAUUUAAAGGAGAGUUAGAUUCUGUUACAUCAACAGAUUCUCUGCAAUUGAUGGCCGAUGAAUUUCAUAUUAGACACUUAUCAACACCAGAUGUUUCAAAUAUAGAAUUAUCAAAACGUGUUGCAUUAUUAGAAUUAGAAAAUGAGCGACUUCGAAUAGAUUUAGAAAAUAUGCGUAUUGAACUCAAUGCCAGAAUUGCUGCUAAUGAAGGACUUAAAGGAAAAAUCACAGAAUUGUAUGUAGAAAUGCAGUUAGUAGUUCAGGAAAAACAAAAAUUACAAAAUACUCUAACAGAUGUAAAAAAUCAUUUAGAUGCAUCAGAAGCAUCUGUAAAAUGGUAUCAAUCUCAAGUACAUGGUCUACAAGCAAGCAAGAAAACUUUACAAUUAGAAAUUGAUACUUAUCAAGGAAUUUUGCAGCAAAGACAGCAAACAAUAGCAAACAUAAAUGCUAGAUAUAAGCAAUUAAACAUAGAUUAUACAGAACUUCUUCAAAAACAUAGAAAAGAAAAGCAAGACUUGGAAUAUGAGGUACAAAACUUAAAGACACAAAAUCAAUCAAACAGUAUUUUAGAAUCAUUAGAUAUCAAUACAUCAAGUUCUCCAGAUAUCUCCACAAAGUUAGAAUUAACAGAAGAUGAAUUAAGAGAUACAAAAGCAGAGUUAAAAACAUUAGAAAAACGACUUUUAGGUAAUGAAGUUUCCAAAACAUUGAUGGAAAAUGCUUUGGCUAAGCAACGUAUAUUAAUUACAACUAUGGAAGAAAAUAUACAGAAAUGUGAAACUGAGAAAAAUCAAACUGCUGAUACAUUGCGUAAAACGCAACUUGAAAUUCAAAAGUUAAAAUCUGAGAAUGAAGCAUUACAGACUACUCUGUUGUCUUCUAAACAGGAACAAAGUCAGAUAGAAGAUGCAAUCUUUCAAUUGCGAUUACAGUUAACUAAAAUGAUUGCACAAUAUAAACUUUUAAAAUCAAAAAAUAUAGAAGCAGAGGAAAAAUUGAAUUCAAUGCAAGAUGUAAUAAAUGAAAAUAAACGUUUAAAAACAUUAUCAUAUGAAGCUAACACUGCUUUAAUCAGGAAACUUAGACAAGAAAAACGAAAAGUUAAAAGUUUAGAAAAUAAACUUCAUGGAAUUCAAAUAAAGGGACAUUUAACCACAAUGAAAAACAAAAUGGAAGUUUCUUUACAUGAAUGCCUAAAACAGGUUUUAAUGAGAAAUAAAGAUUUGAAAGAUCAAUUGAAGGCACUAGCAAAAACUUCGGAUGAAAGUAUUGAUGAAGGAUAUGGUGACAACAGUAUUGUUAGUUCUGUUUCUAUAGACAUUCCCUCACCAAAAUCUAUCAGUCCAGUAUUAUUAGAUGCAGCUUCCAAUAUUUUGCUGCAAUGUAAGGACUUUUAUAAACCAGUACAAACAGAACUUGAACAGUUAAAAUUAAAACUUAAUAAACUAAAGGAACAAUAUACUACAUAGUAUUAAAUUAUUUUCAAUCAUUUAUGAUUUUAUUACAUAUCCAAUGACUGGUAUUCAUAAUAUUGAUUAUAAAUUAAUUGUACAUAUACUAACUUAUUAUUAAUUUUAUAAUUUUAUUGUUAUAAGCAUCCUAAGUUGAACAUUUAUUUGUAUAAAUUUUUUUUCAAAACUAACAAUUUAUACAUUCCUAAUCGAGAUGAAAAUGCUAUGCACAAUUUUAAAUACAAAAUACAAUAAAAAAAGAAUUAUUUUUA